AUGGAGUCAGCGACGCAAGUCAGCAUGGCCGACAAGCCAGCCAGCUUAGCUGUCAACCUUGUCUCCAUGCCAGACGACCUCUUGACUGGGACAAAUACUCCGGGGUCAAUCAUGCCAGGGACACAUUCUCCAGGAACAAGCACUCCGUCCAACCUGGUAACCUGGGAUGGACCAAACGACCCCGGAAAUCCCCAGAACUGGCCGCGGUCAACAAAACUCCUCAGAUCUGCAGCACCACUAGCGGUGAUCUUCUCAAUAGCCUUCACAUCCAGCAUAUUCGGUUCCUCAUCAAGCAUCACAGCAAAGGAAUAUGGCGUAUCAGAAGAAGUAAUGAGCCUGGGCGUAGCCCUCUUCGUCGCAGGCUUCGCCGUCGGCCCACUCAUCUUCGCACCCAUGGCAGAAGUAGUAGGCAACGCACCCCCAAUGGCCAUCGCCCUAGCCGGCUGCGCCAUCUUCCAAAUCCCACUCGCGCUAGCCAAAGGUGUAGCCACAAUCCUCGUCAGUCGCUUCCUAGCAGGAACCUUCGGCGCCGGGGGGUUAGCAGUGGGAUCAGGCAUCCUGGCCGACAUCUACGGUCCGAUCACACGAGGCGUGGCAGUCGGCAUGUCCGCAACGAUCAUGAAUCUGGGCAGCAUAAUCGGGCCAAUCGUAGGCGCACACAUAGUCGACCGAUACGGCUGGCGCUGGACAGCAUGGACAACACUCAUCCUCUGCUGCGCAGUCGGCAUACUAUGCAUACUCCUCCUCCGCGAAUCAUCCCACAACCGCAUUCUCAUGCGUCGCGCUGCCCGUCUGCGCCGCGAAACAGGAAAUGAGAAACUGCGCGCACAGGCUGAGAUGGCAUCUCUAGACCCGAAAGUCUUGCUGCGGAAGUACUGCACGAAACCAGUGAAGAUGUUCAUCCAGGAACCGAUUCUGAUCGUCAUGACUACCUACCUGACACUGGUAUACGGCUCCUUAUAUCUAUCCUACCAGCUCUUCCCACGCCAAUUUCAAAGCCGAGGGUGGAGCAAGCCGGCUGCCACGCUUCCAUUUAUAGCCGUUGGUCUGGGCGUAUUGACAGCGCUGGGACUGUUCUCGACGUUCACGAUGACAGUGUAUAAGCGGCGGUGGAUGGCUGCACAUAAAAGCAAAAGUUCGGGAGAAUCUCAAUCUGGCACAUCUGUUCGUAUUGCUCCCGAGGGUCGAUUGCCGCCUAUGGUAUUUGGUGCUGUCUUGCUGCCGCCGGCUUUGUUGUGGUUUGGGUGGACGGGGAAUACGCAUUGGAUUGCGCAGGUGAUUGCAUGUUAUGCGAUUGGCCUGGCGUUGCAGAUUAUCUUCAUCAGUGGUAUUGUGUACAUUGUAGAUGUGUACCUGCUCAAUACUGUGUCUGCCAUUAGCAUUCAUGUCAUGGUGCGGAGUCUGGUGUCGGCUACGUUUCCACUGUUCGAGGGACCGAUUUAUGAGACAUUGCAUAUAAACUGGUCGGCGACGCUGUUGGCUGGGUUGUCGGCUAUUAUCAUGGUGUCUCCGAUAUUGUUGAUCAUUUUUGGAUCUCGCAUUCGAAGUUGGAGUCGGUUUUCUGUUGGGGGGGGGGGGGGGGGGGGGGAUAUAGAACAUAAACCUUAG